CUGAUUUAUUCCCGUGCGAGAGGAGCGGACGCAGGAACCCGCGGGUCUCAGCAUCUGUGCUUGUGUUCUUACCCGCGUCCCGCAGCAUGCCGCUCUCCCGUGCGCUGGCCGUGCUAUGCGGCGUGUUGCUUUGCGCCUCCGGCCUUUUCGCCGUGUCCGGUGACUUCUGUGACUCCAGCUUGUGCCAGAAUGGUGGGACCUGCCUGAUAAGCCAAGACAAUGAUGUCUACUGCCUCUGUCCCGAGGGCUUCACAGGCCUUGUGUGCAGUGAGACUGAGAAAGGACCCUGCUCCCCAAACCCUUGCUACAAUGAUGGUAAAUGCCAAGUGACUGAGAACACACAGCGAGGAGAUAUCUUCACUCAGUACAUCUGCCAGUGCUCUCUGGGCUACUCGGGCACCCACUGUGAGAUCAGCACCUCCUCUCCCAAAGCCACAUAUCCUGGGCAAGCCAUAGCUGAGGUGCUGAAGAAGAAGUUAUCCGGGGCUUCGUUCCCACCAGUGAAUGAGACCAUCUACUACAACCUGGAAGGAGACUACCUGUCCACCACAGCUGUCCCCAUCCCGGUCCCCAACCCUGGUCUUUCCAACAGUCUAGCCUCCAGUUGUACCUCAACACUGGGCAUGGAAGGGGGCGCCAUUGCUAACUCACAGAUUUCCGCCUCAUCUGUGUACGUGGGUUUCCUGGGCGUUCAGCGCUGGGGCCCAGAACUGGCUCGUCUGCACAGCUCAGGGCUGGUCAAUGCAUGGACAGCCAGUGAUUAUGACAGCAAGCCCUGGAUCCAGGUGAACCUCCUUCGGAAGAUGCGGGUGUCAGGUGUGAUUACGCAGGGUGCCAGCCGCGCAGGGAGAGCAGAAUACCUGAAGACCUUCAAGGUGGCUUAUAGCCUAGACGGACUCAAGUUCAAGUUUAUCCAGAAUGCAAGUGGAUCUGGAGACAAGGUGUUUUGGGGGAACAUGGACAACAACGGCCUGAAGGUUAACAUGUUCAGUCCCUCUCUGGAGGCACAGUACAUCAGGCUGUACCCUGUUUCGUGCUACCGAGCCUGCACCCUUCGCUUCGAGCUUCUGGGCUGUGA